GCUUUUGAUAUUUUUAAAAAGGCUGCAGAAGUCAGACCCCAAAUAGCAGGAAGGUAGAGAAGCAAGAUGGAUUUGGGAAAGGACCAGUCACGCCCGGCGCUGCAGAACACAGCUGCUCCCCAGCAAGGAAAGAACCAUGUUCCAGAGCUUAUUGGACGUUGGAAUUUGCGAAACAGAGAACAGCUCAGGAAAAGAAAAGCAGAAGCCGAAGAGCACCAGUCUUCACAAUGGCAAUUUCGAGGACAGAAAAAAUGCAAGCGGCAGAGAACUGGAAAAGAAAAUGAAAGAAGAGGCAGAAAGAAACAGAAUACGGAAUCAAGGGCAGUGCCCGAGUCACCAUUAGAAAAGGAGGUGGAGAAAGUAACUCCUACAGAGAGAGAAAUGGCGUCUCCAAUGGAUGUCAUGGUAGCCCCCAUUCCAGUAGCAUCUCCCCCAAAAGCUGUACCUGAGAAACAUUUGUCUGAAAUAGGCCAAGAAAGCACUACACAUCAGGAAGAUAUUUCUGAGUACCAAGAGACAAUGGUACAAAACCAGCCUUCUGAGAUAUGCGAAGAUACGCUUGCACCUGAAGACCUGACUCCUAAAAUGUGCCAUGACACAGCUAAAUCUGAAGAUCUCUCUCCUGAAAUAUCUCCUCUUCCUAAAACACCAGAAGAUGUCCAAGAUGUAGAGGGAUGUGUUGCUGAAACAUGCCCUGACCUAGAUGUUCCUGAAGGCUGCAGUUCUGAUGCACAACAAAAAGGAAUGAAACCUGAGGAGUGUAAUGCUGAGUUCAAUCAGCAACUAGCAAAGAAAAGAAGCUUCUUCCCAAAUGCACAACCUGAAGAAAUAGCUGUGUCUACCGACCUCACUGCAAAAGCAUACUCAGACCCUGAUGUACCUGAACUCUCUUCUCACAAAACAUACCAAGGAAUUGCUGUGCCUCAAUUCUUCUCUGAUGAAUCAAUCCAAGAAACAUCUGAACUCAAAGAAUAUACACUUGAAACAGACCAAGAAGCCCCUGGGCCUGAAGACUGUGCCCCCGAAAUGUACCAAGAAACAGCUGGGCAUGAAGACUCUGCCCCUGAAAUGUAUCAGGAAACACUUGGGUCUGGAUAUGGCUCCCCUGAACUAUAUCAAGAAACACCUGGACCCGAAGAUCUUUCAACUAAAACAAAUAUACAAGAGGAUGUGCCUACUGAAUGCUUUCCAGAACCAAACCAAGAAACAGAAAUUGAAGAAAAACCCAAAGCAGAAGAACCAGCAAGUCCAAAUAUUUCUGAAGAAACUCAUCCAGAACAUGACAUCUAUAGUUAUGUUUUGUUUUAACAAUGUUCAUCCAUCAUAACUUAAAAAAACACCUAAAUAAUAAUAUGUGUGAUCUUCUCAAAACAUUAAACUAGAGCAAGCAGAUAGCUCAAAGAAUUGUAUACACAUGCUUUGCACAGUGUGGGAGUUCAGGGUUCAGUGCCUAUCACCUCAUAGUCUAUGAGCUCUUUCAUGACUCUCAAGUAAUGCACUUGGUGUAGCCUUUGGGCAUGGCUG